AUGAUCCGGAAACAGCAGAAACGAGCGGCUCGAGGCAAGCAAACCGCCUUUCGCGUUGGUGGGCAGGAAGUCGACUCCAAACGCAUCGCACGCUUCGUCCGUAGAUAUGGCACCCAGUGGGACAGCAAACCUCGCGAUGACCACCGCCAAGCAAGCCCAGAACCAAAAACCCCGUCUGAUAUGAGUUGCUAUACUCCCGAACCCGACGAACGAGGCGCAACCUUGUCUCCGCUGCCUGAGCUGCAGCCAAACCACCGAGAGGUGGCACAUCCUCGCUACGACGAGACGUUUGAUCCGAUGCCCGAAGCCGACCUUGAUGAUAAUCGGUCCUUGACGGCUACCCUCAGUCCCAGUCUACCCAAUGAAACGCCCAAACCUUUAGAACCUCCUUUGCAAGAGGCGGAUGCUUGGAGUGAGCUUGUGUCAUUUCAAGAUCGCCUUUUGGUCCUGCAUCAGACCCUUGAACAGACCAUGUCUGGGUUUACGUCGCCCCACGAUGAAUGAACACGACAGUCCGAAAAGAACAACAGGCGCUCUCAGCGCCUGAAGGCCCAGAGAUGGAGGAAAGCGAGCCGUCACCCCGUUAGGGAACUGCUCGAAUGGAAGAUUGUCAACACCCCCUCUCUCUAAUACCUCUUGUCAUUGAUCAGAGUAACUAUACUACCAGCCGCAUCUCAGUUUACUGCAUGUUCUGUAAUACUGCCCCCAUUGUUGCCGUCUGCAUUUCUUUGAUCCAGUUCUAUUUUCCUUUCCCAUCUUUCCUUCCGUUUGAUUGGUUCACUAGCUUUUUCGUUCUGCCCUUCUCAGAGUGCCGACUAUAUAGAGCAUCUAUGGUUUGUUUUUCUGGGAGAGGUAUAAUGUAGGUUCUGGUGUACCCUUUAAAUGAAAUUGUCAAGGUGAACGGGACUGGUGGAACUUUAUAUCCAGACCUCGACCACGAAGGCGUCGCGCCCGCCCCAGUCUUGCCUUCCAACAACACAACCCACAGAGCAGGCUGAUGAUUACACGGUGCCGAUCUUAUCGCGGGCUUCAGACUCUCAGGUCAUUACGAAACCGUCGCCUUGCAAUCAGCUCUCGACCCACAGCUUCAUGGAACCUCAACUAUCGAUGUGCACGGCGUGUUUUCAUGAGUGAAAUGACUCAUCAUCACCGAUCACCUCCUUCAUGACCCAUAUCGAUGAGAAUUUGUCAAAAAGCGAUGGAAAGGCUAGCCUGCUUUUGGGAUGCCAAUCCAACCGAGAUUCAGAUACCGGCGUCACAUAACAGCUUCAAUGUGACAUUACAUUGCUGGCACCUUCCGGAUAUACCUUCUACACUGUCGAUGAAAUAAUAGGGGGAAGACAUGUGUUUCUAACUUGUAUGAAGGUGACAACGAUAGAUAUUCGUCCUGCUCAUUCUAGUUGCGCUCACUAUCAGAUCGAAGGUCUAGGAUCGAGGUAGUUGACAUAUUCAGCGGUAUGCGACCAUGCGUAUUGGACGGACCCUAGCGCACGAGCCCUCGAGAUCCUGCAGGACGACGAUAUUCCAUAGCCCGGUCGCCACCACACACGCCAACGCCAAGGCUGCCCCAGAAGAUCGCUAGUGACAGGGGCAAAACACCGCAAGCGAAGGACAAGCCCAGCAGAUGUCAACUCUCAUAGUAAAUCCUCGCAAGCGAAGUGAAAGACAAUACUUCCACAUUUCCUAGGGUCAUAAGCAAACGAUGUUGCAUGGGGAGUCCAAAAGUACUAGCGCUGGUUCGAGUGGGUAAUCACAAACGACAGGAAUUGAAAGAAUCCAAACCCCGGGCUGAAAUAUAUUAAUAGAAGGUAGAUUAUGGGCAGUACCACCGCUAAUGGUUGCACUGGUCCCCGAGACACAGAUAUCAAAACAAGUCGGUGGAAACAAACAAACGCUAGACUGGAAAACAGGUCCGAGUCCUCCACGACCAAUAGUUCUGCCCAAGAGACACCUCCCAUCAGGGGGAAGAAGCAAACAAAGCAGCCAAAAAAUAGGGAAAAAGAAUCCGCCACAAAUCAGAUGACAGACUGCCGCCAGCAGACAAACGGAGGGGGACCACUGGCGCCCGACUCCAGUCCAAUCCGGUAACGCCAGCCCUAACCUGAGCGAGCAGAUCCAAGGGGGGGCAGCGGGCCAGUCAGUGGUUUCAGAUCCUGGCGUUGUUCGCGCCGGAUAUUGUCGAUCUUUGUUGAACAAAAGUACUGGUCUUAGGAUUACGCGGUAGAUUUUAUCCAAAUUUGUUGAUGUCAUUUAUUAGGAAUCUCGUGCACUCUACAAAUCCUCUUUCGGAUUCACCGUACUCGAUCGUAUAAUCUGUACUUAAUAUUUCGGGUAGAAAACAAGAACGUGUACCCCGUACAUAUAUGUGAAGAC